AUGCGGCUCUCACUACCAUCUCUCUUGCCAUUUAUGCUGCUGGUGCAAGUGGUGAUCGCCCAGAAUGCUGCUCUCAAUACCCUACCAGUCAUCUGCGCUGGCGUCAAAGAAGUGUCAACAUGCAAGAUCAAAGUCAUCGUGCCGAGUGGUGUCAAGGUCAACAUGAAGACAAUCAAGGUCCCCACGGUAGUGGAACAAAUGCAAAAGCCGCCUAUGGGCGGCAUGGAAUUGCCCGACCUUGAAGAAACCCCUCAGGAUUUGUCGGGGAUGGACUUGUAUCCCCGCUUAGGAUGGGAGAAGAAAUCGGUACAAGUCCCUUCCAGUUUGACCAUUCUCACCAAGGAGGUCGAUCUCUGCGAUGAGAUCCGGAGGGCGCUCGGCAAGGGUCUGGGAGACAAGUUCAUCAAGUCAGCCGAGGCCAUCUGUGGCUGCUUCACCCGGCUGCAAAACUUCGCAACGACUGGUUCUUUCACUGCCAUGUCAAUUCGGGGCGAGAUGACGACAGCUACUGCAAAGGUCGCGGACGACACUCUUAGUAUUGAAAAGUGCUUCGGGAAAGUCAGUCUACCAAUCCUCAACAACAAGGUCGACAUUGCGAGCGUGCUCAAAUCCAUCGCUCCGUGGGUUGUCGCCCAAGCCAAAGAGAUUGAUCUUUCAGUCUUCCAAUCUCUCGCUCGUGUAGUCGCCGCAUGUCAAGCCGGCAACUGCAACGCCAAUGCUAUCAGCACAGCCGUCAACAAUUAUCUAACCCCUUCAUUCCAACUGAUGGAGCCCCCGAUCAAGUCGGUACUUGUUCAAUGGGAUGGUGCCCUGACUCGCAUCCAAGAAAGGGUCAACGAUAUUAACGAGGCUGCUAACUCUCUGGCAUCGAAUUACGACAUUAUGCGAGCCGAGUUCGAUUCAAGUAAGCAAAAGAUCUGCGAGGAACUUCAAAGGUGCGAUGGGCAGGGUGUCCUAAAGUUCCUCGACAAAGUUGACGAAGUUAUCGAAGCUGCCAACAGACUUUGGCCAGUCCGAGGUCCCCUUGACGUUCCCGCUAAUCAGCUGGGAAAGAGACUGGAUGACAUGAUUCAACUAAGAAAAGACAUCAAAAAGUAUCCGGACGCUGCCAGUCUGGUCUCCAUGAUCAAGCAGGGCAAGUUCAAAAAGAUCAGCGACCUAUUCCUGUUCAUGCCCAUCGUCCAGCGAGUCCCGGAACUAGCCAAGCAGAUCAAAGCCGACCUUUCCCCACUCCAAGACAUCAUCAAACAAUACAAGCAACCAUCAAGCGAUGCCCAGGAAAGCACAUGGUCCCUCAGCUGGUCAAACAUAAUCUGGCCAGACACGGAACUCACAUCCGACUCACCCGAAGCAGACGCCGCUCUGAUCGCCGAGCUAAACGCAGCAGACGACCUAGUGAGGAAGUACCUAUCCACCCAUAUUCUAGCGUAUAGCAACGGCAUGGCAAUAAUGGACGCCGAGCUUAGGGGCUUCUCGGUGGUCAACGGGUCGUUUGCCAUGGAGACCAAGGUGGCGACGUAUAACCGGUGGACAACGCUCUCUAUGGACAUGCCCUGCUCCAAGAAGGAGACCAAGACAUACAAGAAGAGCGGGCUUCAAAAACCAUUCUCGUGGAGGACGUACUUCAAGUGCAAAGUGGCUCCUGUGACGGCAUAUUUCCCAAAAGCUCAUGUGCCUUACGUCAGGAUCCGGGGUGGAGCGGGAAUAGAUCCCAACGAUCAAUAG